UCUCCUCUUGGCGCCACCGGUCAUCGUCGUCACACGCUGUUGAGGAAUUUGGUGGCGAAGAAAAAGAAAUUGUAGAUUUAUCCCAGUCUUACAUAGCAUCGUAUUCCAAACAUGGAUGUUGGGAAGUUGGUGGAGGUGCUUAGAGCAACCCUCGAUCCCGAGCGCCGAGAGAAUGCCGAGCAACAGUUGACGGAGGUACACAAGAUCAUCGGGUUCGGGCCUGUGCUGCUGCAGGUAGUGAUGAUGGAGCAGAUUGACAUGCCAGUCAGACAAGCAGGUGUGAUUUACCUCAAGAACAUCAUCACCCAGUUCUGGAUAGAGAGAGAGGCAGAGAACCCUGGUGAUGCCGUCCCCUUCAACAUCCACGAGCAGGACAGACAGGCGAUUCGUGAGAACGUCAUAGAGGCCAUCAUCCAUGCCCCAGAACCUGUCAGGGUGCAGCUGUGUGUGUGCAUCAGUCACAUGGCCAAGAGUGAUUGGCCUGGACGCUGGCCGAACCUAGCUGAGAAGAUAGCAGUGUACAUCCAGACUGAAGACCCCAAGACUCUGAUGGGAGCACUCAUGUCACUAUACCAGCUGGUCAAAGUAUACGAGUACAAGCGAGCUGACGAGCGCAAGGUGCUGGACGACAUGAUGGUGCACAUGUUGCCACUGGUGUAUCAGAGGACGCUGCCACUGCUGCAGGACAACAGCGAACUCUCAAACCUCCUCCAGAAGCAGAUCCUCAAAAUCUUCUUUGCCUUCACACAGAAUUUCCUACCCCAAGCAACUGUACCUAAGGAGGUGUUCACACAGUGGAUGGAGGUGUUCAGGCAGAUCGUUGAUAGACAAGUGCCCCAGGAGACGAACCAGAUAGAUGAGGAUGAUCGGCCUGAGCUGGCCUGGUGGAAAGUGAAGAAGUGGGCAGUGCAUAUACUGGCCAGAAUAUUUGAGAGGUAUGGAAGUCCCGGAAACGUCACACGAGAAUACCAACAGUUUGCUGAAUGGUAUCUCAAGAGCUUUUCAGCUGGGAUCCUGCAGGUGUUGCUGAAGAUGCUGGACCAGUAUCGCCAGAAGAUCUACGUCGCUCCCCGCGUUCUACAGCAGACCCUAAACUACAUCAAUCUUGGAAUCAGUCACGCCUAUUCAUGGAAGUACAUUAAACAACACAUGCAGACACUGAUGCAGGAUGUUAUAUUCCCGCUGAUGUGUCACAGCGAUGAGGAUGAUGAGCUGUGGAACACCGACCCUCACGAAUACAUACGGGUCAAGUAUGAUGUGUUUGAAGAUUUCCUGUCUCCAGUGAUGGCUGCCCAGAUAGUUUUCUAUUCUGCGGCUGCCAAAAGGAAAGAGGUGUUGAACAAGGCCAUGGGUUUCUGCAUGUCCAUCUUGACCCAGCCCAACAUCGACCCUCGCCAGAAGGAUGGUGCCCUGCAUAUGGUGGGGGCCGUGGCCGAGGUGCUUCUCAAGAGGAAGAUCUACAAGGACCAGGCAGAGCUGAUGCUGACAAACCAUGUCUUUCCAGAAUUCACAAGCCAGUUUGGCUACCUGAGAGCUAGAGCCUGCUGGGUGAUCCGCUACUUCUGUGAGCUGAAGUUCCGCAACGAGCAGAACUUGAUGCAGGCUGCGGAGAUGAUCAAGGCGUGUCUAUGUAACGACAAGGACCUGCCUGUCCGAGUAGAGGCUGCUAUCGCCCUGCAGAUGAUCAUCACGGAGCAGGAGAAAGCCAAAAAUUAUAUCCGCCCUUUUGUGAAGCCUGUGAUUUUAGAGUUGCUGAAGGUAAUCCGGGAGACCGAAAACGAUGACCUGACGGGCGUGAUGCAGCGACUUGUCUGCACCUACACCGAUGAUGUUAUCCCCAUUGCAGUGGAGAUGAUGAGUCAUCUUGCCCAGACAUUUGCUCAGGUGUUAGACACAGAUGUAGAUGGGUCUGAAGAGAAGGCUAUCACGGCUCUAGGAAUCCUCAACACUAUGGAAACAAUUCUCAACGUCAUGGAGGAACAGAAAGAGAUUAUAACCCAGCUAGAAGGAAUAGUUCUAAAUGUUAUAGGAAUAAUUUUACAGCAAAACAUAAUGGAUUUUUACGAGGAGGUGUUAUCCCUGAUCUACAGUCUGACCAGCACACAGGUGUCCCACCACAUGUGGGAGGUGUUUGGCAUGAUCUACCAGAUGUUCCAGAAGGAUGGCAUCGACUACUUCACAGAUAUGAUGCCAGCCCUACACAACUACAUCACCGUGGAUACGCCAGCCUUCCUCGCCAACCCUUCAUAUCUUCAGAUUAUUUACGACAUGUGUAAAACAGUGUUGACGGGAGAAGUGGGCGAGGACCCCGAGUGUCAUGCAGCCAAGCUCCUCGAGGUCAUUAUUCUUCAGUGUCCAGGGAAAGUUGACCAUGUCGUGCCAUCAUUUGUGGAGCUGGUCUUGCAGCGGUUGACGCGGGAAGUUCAGACAUCGGAGUUGAGGACAAUGUGUUUACAAGUAGUCAUAUCUGCACUGUAUUAUAACACUCCCUUGUUGUUCGAGAUGUUACAAACAAUCCAGAUCCCCAACAUGCAGGGAUCAAUACUAGCACAGUUCCUCAAGCAGUGGCUCCACGACGCAGACUGCUUUCUAGGGCUUCAUGACCGAAAGAUAUGUGUGCUUGGUCUGUGUUCAGUGUUAAAUAUGCCAACCAACCGCCCAGCGGAAAUCACAGCUGUCGCCCCCCAGAUAGUACCUGCGGCACUGCUCCUGUUCCAGGGAUUAAAACGAGCAUAUGCAAGUCGAGCCAAGGAAGAAGAAGACUCGGAUGAUGAUGAGAAUGGUCAAGAAGAGGAUGAUGAUCAGGAAGUAUUGGAAAGUGAUGAAGACGAGAUUGAUGAAGAUGGAAAUCAGUAUUUAGAAAAAUUAGAAAAAGCACGAGGUGAUACAGACGACGAUAGCGAUGCUGAGUUUACGGACGAUGGUGCCGAGGAGACGGCGCUGGAGAGUUAUCAGACCCCCAUAGAUGAGGACACCUGUCAAGUUGAUGAAUACGUCAUCUUUAAGCAUGUUCUGCAGUCCAUUCAAUCUACAGACCCCACAUGGUACAUGGCAUUAACAAGUACUCUCACUGCGCCACAGACAAAAGAAUUGGACGAUGUUUUCAAACUUUCUGACCAGAGAAAGGCAGCUGCAGAUUCCAAGCAGAUAGAACAAAGAGGGGGUUACAUGUUCACAACCAAACAAGUUCCUGCAUCAUUCAAUUUUGGAAGUAUGGGAUAAUUCUUUGCUUUGCUUAAAUACACUAUUGUGCAACAGUGUCUCCUUUCACCCCUAUUUUCCACUCGUGGACUCAACCAGUGCUCAGCUUCAUGUGACGAAGCAAGUGAAAGGAAGGGGUGAUGGAUAACAUUCUAGAUGUCUGCUCACCGCCAUUCUCCGCGUGGAAGUGGACUUCAUCAUUUGUCUGCUAAUAAUGGGAUUCACCUGUGUGACUGCUUUGGCUUUCAAGACGACCCAGCAUUUCUCACAGAAAGCAUAAAUACUUCACAAAUCUUGGAUUACACACGUCGUGCAAGGAUGUUUGAAAAUUGAAGCAAUGCUACUACUUUGAUUCCAGUGUGUUUGAAACUCAAGACAAGGAAGAGAAGUGAUGCUGUGAACAACCCUCAUUCUCUGGGAAUCCUAAUGAUGAAUAUUUGUGUAAAAAAUUGUGUACGAAACUUCCUUGAAAACCAUUUUUUGGUACAAAUUGAAAAUAUUUUGUUAGGUUUGUGAACGUGUCUGUUGGAGUUUCUUAGAAAAAAACCUUGUUGGAUUUUAUACUGUGACAGAGUGUCGGUGUAUAUUUGACCGUGUUAAUAGUAAACAUGUAUUUGAUAACGUCAACUCUCAGAUUGGACGGCCCCCCACUUCCCAGCCGUGUUUUGAUCUGUGAUAGUAUGUACAAUGUGCAGUAAAGGGGGGCGGCCACUGACACCCGGCUCCACUCGGACCAUGGCUUCAAGUCUCCAGCAAGUCCUCCUUCACCAUGGUUAUCCAUUGUUUCUGUCAAUCAAGUGUUGUGAAGUCAGUAAGAACAAGCUUAUUGUCCUCCAAUAUUAGAGAAAAGGUGAAAAGUGUCAAGGUUUCAGAUCAGUCCAGUUUCUGGGACAUGGUCCAAAAUGUUCUCAAGAUUCAACCUUAAUAUCAAAUGUCUUGUCAAACGUUGAUUCAAGCCUGGACAGUCCUCAUGCCGUGUGCCUCUGUAACAUCACUGAUUGGUGCAAGGUAUGACCCUGAUUUUGAAAGAUCCUCUGGGUAUUUUGUUGAUUACCCUAUUUUUAUCAAUAUUAAUUUGUGUAUUAUAACAGCAUGGCUAUUGGUCGCAGAGGUCAGUGAUGCUGCAGAUGCAGCACUGGUCACAGAAUUCGUUUUUAUGAAGCGACAGCAACACCUCAAGUUUAAACAAUUCCAUUAAUAGUCACAAGGAUCUGGUUGUCGACCUUGUCUGUCUUGAUUUGUUUCUAUUCUGUCUCUUUCUUCUAGUGGGCGGUCGGGUAGCCUAGUAGUUAAAGCGUUCGCACGUCACGCCGAAGACCCGUGUUCGAUUCCCGACAUGGAUACAAUGUGUGAAGCCCAUUUCUGGUGUCCCCCGCCGUGAUAUUGCUGGAAUAUUGCUUAAAGCGGCGUUAAACCAUACUUACUCACUCACUUUCUUCUAGUUUUCUUAACAGAGUAAAGAAAGUGGUUUCAUGGUUUCAUGACAGACCAUAUUGAUUUUGUAUGUCAGAUCCUUUUGUCAGACACCUUGAUCUUGUAAAAUAUUUUUUGAUCUGGUAAACUUUCCCUACAAAAGUCUGUAUUCGGUUACCAUGGUUACUUGCCAGUGAAACAAUUCGGAACGAAACGACAGGGCAAGUACAAUUAGUUUAUUUUUUGUUGUAAGGAAUGUGCUGUUAUAAGAUUACUGUCCUGAUUAAAAUGUACUGGCCUUAGAUGACUGAGGCCUGUGUCUUUAUCUUUGUAACCUUGGACUGUUGUGGAGAGGAAGAUGUGACACUAGGUUUGCAAGUCAUUUAGAGUCAUAAACAGGUAUUAACGUAGCUCAUGAAGAGUCAACCAU